GGAUUUUGGUGAAUGUGUCGAGACAAUGGUGUAUCGAUUAUUUUGCGCUAACGAAAUGUCAUCCCGGUACCGUAGUGUUAAUAUUAGAAGUCUAUGUUUGUGAUCACGAUUACUAUUGUCUAGGCAUCUCUGGCGUUUUAUAUUGAGCUUGAACAACUUCAAUUUAGUGUGGGUGACUAAAAUAGUGUCAAGAUUCUCUUUCGGAUAAAUUUCAGGCGCUUCUUGACAAUAUCUAUUUUUUAACUGAUCAUAGUAACAUCGUCUAUCAAAUCGUGCUCAAUUUGACGAAGUAAGUUGCCUUUUUGGAUCUGAUAAGAUUUUCAUUGUCCUAAAAAUGGCUAACCCAAAUCGCGAAAGUGUAAGCACACGUUUUUCUGAUAAUUAUGAUUUGAAAGAAGAAUUAGGAAAAGGAGCGUUUUCUAUAGUGAGGCGAGCUGUUCAAAAAUCGACUGGAUACGAGUUCGCUGCCAAAAUAAUAAAUACUAAAAAACUCUCGGCCAGAGAUUUUCAAAAAUUGGAAAGAGAGGCUCGGAUUUGUCGAAAGUUACAACAUCCUAAUAUUGUAAGACUGCAUGAUUCCAUUCAAGAGGAACAUUUUCAUUAUCUUGUUUUUGAUUUGGUGACUGGCGGGGAAUUAUUCGAAGAUAUUGUAGCACGAGAGUUUUACUCUGAAGCUGACGCGUCGCAUUGUAUACAACAAAUUUUAGAAUCCGUACAUCACUGCCAUCACAAUGGAGUAGUGCAUAGAGAUUUAAAGCCUGAAAAUCUUUUACUGGCAAGUAAAGCUAAAGGAGCUGCAGUAAAACUCGCAGAUUUCGGUUUAGCCAUUGAAGUUCAAGGUGAUCAGCAAGCAUGGUUUGGAUUUGCUGGUACCCCGGGAUAUUUAUCACCUGAAGUUCUUAAAAAGGAACCCUAUGGAAAGCCAGUAGAUAUCUGGGCAUGCGGAGUAAUAUUAUACAUUUUACUUGUCGGUUAUCCUCCGUUUUGGGAUGAAGAUCAACACAGACUGUACGGACAAAUAAAAGCUGGUGCCUAUGAUUAUCCGUCACCUGAAUGGGAUACUGUCACGCCUGAGGCAAAAAGUUUGAUAAACCAAAUGCUAACUGUUAAUCCAAGCAAGAGAAUAACUGCAUCUGAAGCAUUGAAACAUCCAUGGAUUUGCCACCGCGAGCGUGUUGCUUCUGUAAUGCAUAGGCAAGAAACUGUGGAUUGCUUAAAGAAAUUCAAUGCACGUCGUAAACUUAAAGGUGCAAUUUUGACUACAAUGCUUGCCACUCGUAACUUUUCGGGAAAAUCUAUGGUAAAUAAGAAAGGAGAUGGAUCGCAAGUAAAAGAAUCAACUGAUAGCAGUACUACUCUGGAAGAUGACGAUUUGGAUAAAGAUAAAAAAGGUGUGGAUAGAGCUUGCACUGUUAUUUCGAAAGAACAUGAUGAUGAAGGACUUUCUAAAGCAGACUCAUUUCAUAAAGCUCGUGGAGACAGCAACGCUUCCUUGCGUCGCGCAGAGGUAAUCAAAAUCACGGAAGUUCUAAUUGAUGCUAUUAACAAUGGGGAUUACGAAACAUAUUCCAAACUAUGUGACCCGAAUGUUACUGCAUUUGAUCCCGAUGCUCUAGGCAAUCUCGUAGAGGGAGUAGAAUUCCACAAAUUCUUCAUUGAUAAUACUCCUUCCCAUGUUAAAACUAACACAACCAUCUUAAAUCCUAGAGUACAUCUUCUUGGAGAUGAUGUUGCUGUUAUAGCGUAUAUCUGCGUAACACAAAGUGUAGAUGCUGAAGGUAGACGAGCCACCCAUCAGUCACAAGAGACACGUAUAUGGCAUAAACGCCAUAACAAGUGGACAGCAAUACAUUUCCAUCGCUCCUAACUAGUCCCGUCAUUAAAUGAGUCCCUAGCACCAAAGGAUAAUGGUCUCAUAAACAAACUUACGUGCAAUGGUGAUGCCACUGCCGCAAUCGUAACUCUUCAAUACAUUGAAUAAAUUGAGACGAUUAAUCCUAUGGUAGUGGCAAUGAUAAAAAUCAUAAUAUCCAAUUCUGCUAUAAAAUCUACACGAAUUUUAUUAGGAAACUUCUUUGUAAUCCCAAGGAAUUAAGUUACUUACUAUUAGGUAAAUGUUAUUAUGUACACCAGUACGAGUAUAAGCGAUUUACUUCUAUCCGCAGUAAAUAUCUUGAAUAAACCGUGACCUUUAACCAAAAAAUGUACUGUGGCUAAAAUGUGAUACCGUUUUAAUAUCCAAGCUUUGUGCUAGUUAUAUUAGUAGGAUGAAGAAAUAUCUAACCUCGGCCACGAUCGAAGAUGUCAACGAAUCACGAUGUUGUUUCAAUCAACAAAUCCAAAGAAAUCUCAAUAUUAUACAUUAUAACAUCAGAUCUGAUACUAUGAAUCUUAAAUCUAAAUAAAUAAAUAUAUAAAAUCCGCAAAUUUUCGAAGUUUAGAAUUAUUAGCACAUUUAUCAGUCUCUCUACAUUUUUAACUAUGAAUGUUUUGUCGUGCUUAAAAAUGGUGUUCUAUUUGUUAUCAAAUACCUAGAUAGUAAGAUUUAAGUAACUAAUGAACUAUGCAGUUAUUGGCACUAUGCAGAUGCGCUGAUAGAUAUCAGUGUGACUUUUUUUUUAGUUUGUUAAAGUGAAAUUUUAGCUACGUUUUAGGCUAUACCUAACUAAUUAUACUUAAUUUUUUUAUAACUAGUACAUCUUUUAUGCUAGUAUAACUAUUUAUUCCGAUUCACCUUACUUCAUAUAUUUGAAGCGGAUAUAUCAAUUUCGUCAAUUUUAGAUUUUAAUGGUGUUACUGUUUCACCGCUUUCAUUUAAUUUUUUAAGAUAUAAAUUGUAACGAAAGCUUUUUUUAUUAUAUAUUCUAUAUACUUAUCUCGAUAAACAAUGAAAUCUUUUAAGAAGUUCUUCUUCAUCUUAAGAACUUUUAAGAAGAUAUUCUUGGUAGCAUAAUUUUUAUUCAUAUUUUGAUUUAAUUGAAAUGUUGUUUUUGUACCUGAAUAUAACGAUUGUACGUUUUGAUCGAAAUAGUCAAAUAUUUUAGGUGUUUGCUGUGCAAGAGAAAAUUUACUUGGAAGUAUUAUAAUAUUCACAAAGAGGAGCUUGAAUUUUCAGUGAUAUUAAUGUGUAAUGGUGUUUUUGCACAGUUGCACUUAUAAAAUGUGAUUAAACAAUUGGAUCUUUUUAACUGUAAGUUUGCAUUAAAUUCAGUAUUUCUUAGAAAUAAAAACAUUAGGCGUAAAAACCAUUUAUUCAUGUUUUUACAUCUUUAUAAUGUAUUUUAGUAUAGUUAGCAAACUUACUUUACGUAACAACAAUAGAGUUUGAAUAGAAGUAAUAAAAAAAACAUCGCAUAAUAAGUGUCAUAAAUAUCUGAAUUGUAAUCAACUAUCUAGGUGAUAAUUUCACUGUAUCCAGAGUACAUAGUCGUGCCAUUAUCAUUAAAUUUAGUGCCAAUAACUGUUAUGAUAAAAAAAAACUAAAAAUGUAUUCUAGUCUUUAUUGUUACGCAUAUUUAGUAUUUAAUCGACGUUUUAAAUUAAUUUCGAACAUAUUAUACAAACAUAGUAACUUACAUUGUGUAAAUAGGUAUUGAUUUGCACAUUGCAUGUUCAAAAGUGUCGUCUUUGGAAUAGCUAUAUAAAUGUUUUAUUUUUAUUUAGAAUACAUAUUUAUGAGAGUUUGUUAACUAGUUCACUUUAAAAAUAUUUAUUAUUAUAUAUAUACUAUAUUCACUUUUUUAUGACAAGUUUACUUUUGUUUCUGGCUCUCCAAUACUAUGACUUAAAACAUAAUAUUAUCAAAUUUGUAUUUUCCAAUAGUUAAUAUUGAAUGUAUUUUUAUGAGUAUUAACACGUAGUUCAGUCCAGCCAUAGGAGUAAAGUAAUUAGUGUGCGGAGUUACCAAAAUUUAUACAGAUGAAGCUGAUGGGAGUGAAAUUUAGAUGUUCUCAAAAUUCUCUUUAAAAAGAUAAACAUAUGUAUAGGUAUGAACCUACCUCGUAACUUUGUAUUUCAAAAUAGUACUGAUCAUGAACUACCUACCUAUGUACAUCCCAACACACAUUGAUGAUUUUAAUGAGUUUAAUUCAUAAAUAGGCCACCCAAAGUUGCCUAUCUAACUGCACAUCAAAUAAACGAGAAUAUAAUUAAUUUAACUGUAACAAACAAUAAUAGCAAACUGUAUAAAUUUUGAAAAUACCCAAGUCAUGUACUUAUUUAUUUUUUGAGGUAAAAAUGCUUGUGUACGAUUGGAGCACACCGCAUUAGUUCCUAUAGUCCGCAGUAUGUGCCGCCACACAAUGUAGCUCUAGGAAUUGUCGAGAUCCUAUUUGUUCUCUGAUAAGCGACAUCCUCCAAGUUGAGAGCCUAACUGAAUGGGUGAAAUUAUUUAGUUUUUUAUAAUUUAUUUUCUUAAACAGUAUUUUAUUCCAGUAACCAUUUUUCUGAUUUUCAAAUUUAACUACCCUACAACAACAAAUGUUAAAUAACAAAUGUUACAUAAUCGUUAAAGAUCUGCUAUUUGAAUUUAAAAUAUAUUUCAAUAAAACUUCAAUGUUUAAGAUCUGAAGUUCGAAUUUAUUGAACAUUAGAUACAAAAUGCACAAAUAAUUUAUCUAUCAUGUAUACAAGCAGACAAAUACAUGACCCUCUUUUUCAUACAAACCAAUAAACAGUGGGUGGUCAGGUUCUCUGCCAUUGACUGUGCCUUCCAGUUUUAAAAACAUUUCAAUCAUGAAAUAUUUUAAUAAGAAACCACUGUGUAUUGUCUUCCUCUACAGUGUUCCAAAUAACAAACAAUAUAGAAAAAUUUUACCCGGUUCAAAAUAUUUGAAUUUUUAUUGGAAUCAUUACAUGGCUCUCCUGUUGUUAAUAGUGCACGUUUACCUGUUUACAUGCAUUUAUCUCACUGGCUUACAUUUAGGAGAGCUUUCUAAAAUUAUAUUCCAACUCUUUUCUAUUGGCUGCUUUUUUCAUAUCUUAAACAAUAACUACACUAUAUAGUUACAUUUGUUACUUUUAAUAAAUAAUUAUUGUACUUACAAUUUAUCAAACACUGAUACCAUUUGAGGACACAUGGAUGACUAUCAUUGGAAAAUAUAUUAAACAAGAUUUUUUUAAAAAUAAAGCAAAAAUUUACAUUAUGCUCAAAGAUUUAUGUGUAUCAAAUGGUUUCACUGGAAUUAACUAAUUGAAUAGAUUAUAUGGGUGCAGUGCAAUGUUGUAACAGUUUUCAAUAUUUAGAAUAUAGGUAAUAUUUAAUUAUUUCAUUGUUAUGUUAUUUGAAAUAUUGCAUGAAAUAAUUACUGGUAAAUUUGUAUUUAUAAAAUUUUGACCAUUCAGCUAGCAAUAUAAUUGGUUGAAAUAAUUAUGUACUUUUGCAUUAUAAAUAAUGAGUGUUCUGAAUGGUAAGGGGUAUUAUUUUUAAGCCUAUAUUAUCAGCAUUGUAUUAAAAUCAUUAUUAGGCUAUUUGUAUGAGGAAGAAUGUGUUUAUAGUCAAAAUUCAAUCAAUAUGCACCCUUGCUUGUGUAUGUGGAGUUACUUUGAAUUUUCUAGUUAGAUUACAAGUAUUUCCUUAUAUAUUCCAUGUGCACCAAAAAUUUCAUUUAGAAUUUGGUCUUUUUACAUUGAAGCUAAGUUUGAUGUAGAAUAUUUUCCAAAUGUGAAAGUGUAGAUGUUUUAAAGAGUUGUCAAUAAUAUAUUUGUAUUCGACAUAAUUUCUUGAACCUCUGCAUUGCCGAUUAUCAUGUAACAUUCUCUAAAAUAAAGUUCUUUUGAUCUAAAA